AUGAAUCAGUCAAAGAACGAGCAGUUGAUAUCAUGUCCCAUUUGUAACUCGAAGAUCAAAUAUCAUGCUAUCAACGAGCAUCUUGAUAAAUGUACUGCUCGCAAGAAUGAUAAUGCGAAAGGACCCACUUUGAACAGUUUGCUGAGAGGUAAACGGAAACAACCUGGAUCCGACGACAUUGAGAUCAUAGAACCGACUCGUGUCGACAGCACCAAACGGUCAAAAUUAGAGGCUUCACCAUCUGGAAAGCCUCUGGAUUCAGACAAGAAAUCGCUAGUCGACAAUAUCGACGAUGUCAAGCAACUACAGAAAAAUAUACAUCAACCGUUGAGCGAAAAGCUGCGACCUAAGGAACUGAGUGAGUAUGUGGGUCAGCAGCAUUUGAUCUCGAGAGAGUCGGGAGUUCUUUACAAGUAUGUGAAGGAAGGAUCUAUUCCUUCGAUGAUUCUGUGGGGACCGCCUGGCGUUGGGAAAACCACUUUGGCAAGACUUUUGACCAAGACCGUAAAUACCAAAUUUCCUCACGGAUUGACGUAUACGCUGGUUCAAACAAGUGCCACCAAGGCCUCUACCCAAGAACUUCGAAAAAUCUUUGAAAACUCCAAGCGUGAAUUUACGCUCACCAAGAGGAUGACUGUGCUUUUCAUAGACGAAAUACACCGCUUCAAUAAGGGUCAGCAAGAUACACUGCUCCCACAUGUUGAAGCUGGAGAUGUGGUACUUUUAGGAGCCACCACGGAAAAUCCAAGUUUUCAACUCAACAACGCAUUGAUGAGCAGAUGUCAGAUUUUUGUUCUGACGAAGCUUAACACUGCAGAAAUGUGCAUGGUUCUCUCGCGUGGAAUCAGCAUGUUAAACAAAUGCCGCCAUUUGGUGUGGAAAGUGGGUCAUCCAUUGCGAUUGGGCAAAGAUGUUCUCAAUUUUGUUGUGGACAUUUCCAUGGGAGACACGCGACGGGCUCUCAACCUUUUGGAAAUGAUUGAAGUUUCCACAAGAGAUAGUCCAAAUGAGCUUGAUGAAAAGUCUGUACGAGAAAUUAUCCAAGGAAAGUCUUCAGAGCUGCGAACAUAUUACGACCGACAAGGCGAAAAUCAUUACGACACGAUAUCUGCCUUCCACAAAUCCAUUCGUGGAAGUGAUGAAAAUGCUACGAUUUAUUACCUGGCACGUAUGCUGCAAGGUGGUGAGGAUCCUCUUUACAUUGCACGUCGAAUGAUUCGAAUUGCCUCCGAAGACAUCGGAGUGUUGGAUCAUACUUUGCUGCCGUUAGCGGUGGCGGCACACGACGCGGUCAUGAAAGUUGGAUUACCAGAGGCUGAUCUAGCGUUAGCACAGUGCUCGGUAGCAUUGGCCAGGGCUCCAAAAUCCGUACAGCUGUACCGUGCGUGGAAGACGGUAAAUGCUAAACUACGGGAAAAUCAAGAUUCGUUUGGAAGUUGCGGUAUCCCAAUGCAUCUGCGUAACGCCCCUACUAAGCUUAUGACGGAAUUGGGAUACGCACGGGACUACAAGUACAAUCCUGAUUUCAAAGACGGUAAGGUUUCACAGCAAUACUUUCCUGAAGAAAUUGUGGCGAGAAGUGGGGAGCAGGAAACUAAUUUCAUGAGUGGUCCACAUCUUGGAGAAGCGAACGACCCCGAUCUCUAG